AUGAAGAUCACUACAGGAUCACGAACGAUGAAGGGUUACUGGUUUGUUUUUCAUGUGGCCGUAUUGCUGCUUUUUGGGAAGGAGGCUUUUUCUCAGAUACGAUAUACUGUUCCAGAGGAGGUUGCAGAUGGAACUGUAGUUGGAAAUAUUGCGAAAGAUCUGGGCCUUGACAUCAACUCUUUGGCUGAUCGACGUUUUCGUGUUGUGUCUGGAAAUACGGAUGCCUUUUUUGAGGUAAACCAGGACAAUGGGGCUCUCUAUGUUCGCAAGAAAAUCGACAGAGAGGUUCUCUGUCAAGGAAGUGGCGCAUGCUUACUGGAGCUUAAAAUUCUUGUUGAAAACCCACUGGAAAUGCAUUAUGUAGUUGUGGAAAUUACUGAUGUAAAUGAUCAUUCUCCUAAUUUCUCCGAAAGAAAUCAGAGAUUUGAAAUAGCCGAACAUACACUGCCGGGAAGGCGGUUCCAGCUACACACCGCUCGUGAUCCUGAUGCAGGACUUAAUUCCAUUCAUACCUACACCUUAACACCAAACGAUCAUUUUGAAUUAGAUGUCCGCCAAAGUGACGAGGAAAAAAUACCAUUUUUAGUCCUAAAAAAGUCGCUGGACAGAGAGCAAAAAUGCAACCAUUCGCUUGUGGUUACAGCAGUUGAUGGGGCUAAACCUCCAAGAUCCGGAACCCUAAAUGUUACCGUUAUUGUUCUAGACAUUAAUGACAAUCGCCCAAUGUUUAGUAAGGAAAUUUAUGAAAUUUCAGUCCCAGAAAACGUUUUGGUUGGCACCAAAAUAUUUAAAAUUAAUGCGACAGAUCCAGAUGAAAACUUAAAUGGAGCAGUUGAAUAUAGCCUUGGAAAAACUCUAAAGAAGAAAGUGUAUGACAUAUUUGAACUGGACAAGUUAAGUGGGGAAAUUAUAGUAGAGGGAUUGAUUGACUAUGAAGAAAAUGACGUUUACAAACUUGAUAUUGAGGCGUCCGAUAAAGGAACACCCCCACUGACGGGUGAGUGCAGAGUCAUCAUAAAAAUCACUGAUGUUAAUGACAAUCCACCAGAAAUAGAAAUCACAUCACUAUCAAAUUCAGUAUCCGAGGACUCCAAGCCUGGCACAGUUAUUUCUCUACUCAGUGUAACAGAUAGAGAUUCCGGAGUGAACGGAAAUAUUAUUACAAGCAUAAUCUCAGACGUGCCUUUUGAAUUAAAGCCUUCGUAUAAGGAAAAUAUAUAUUCAGUUGUAACCAAGGGACUUUUAGAUCGAGAAAAAGUGUCUUAUUAUGAAAUAACAAUGAAAGCCACGGAUUGUGGUGAGCCUCCACUAUCUACUUUUAAAACCCUUAGCAUUCAAAUAUCAGAUGUAAACGAUAACAUCCCACAAUUCUCGCAGAAUCCACUACAGGUUUACCUGUCAGAAAACAACGUUGCUGGAAAGCCAAUAUUUUCUGUAAGCGCGACGGAUAAAGACUUGAACGACAAUGCAGCCAUUUCAUAUCACGUUGUGAGAGAAGGGAGUAAAAAUGAUAUAAUGUCUUUCCUAAGUGUGAAUUCAGACAAUGGACAAAUCACCGCGCUGAAAAGUUUUGACUUUGAAACACUGAAAACUUUCCAGUUCCAAGUUGUUGCCUCAGAUUCUGGAACUCCGUCACUAAGCAACAAUGUCACAGUCAACGUCUUCAUCCUGGAUCAGAACGACAACGCUCCAGUCAUCCUGUAUCCACUCAGCUCCAACGGUUCUGCUCAAGGUGUGGAGGAGAUUCCCCGAAACGUCAAUGCAGGACACUUGGUGACUAAAGUCAGAGCCUAUGAUGCUGAUAUAGGAUAUAACGGCUGGUUGCUCUUUUCACUGCAGGAAGUUACUGACCACAGUCUCUUUGCUUUGGACCGCUAUACAGGACAGAUCAGAACACUUCGCUCAUUCACAGAGACAGACGAGGCUGAGCAUAAACUGCUCAUACUGGUCAAAGACAACGGCAACGUUUCUCUCUCAGCAACAGCUACUGUGAUUGUCAAGCUUGUGGAGCCCAAAGAGGCUUUUGCAGCUUCUGAUGUUAAAAGUGCAGCAAAAGAUGAUGAGGACAGUAAUGUCAUAUUUUACCUCAUGAUAACUUUGGGCGCAGUUUCUGUACUUUUUCUCGUCAGCAUCGUAGUGCUGAUUGCAAUGCAGUGCUCCAAAUCCACAGACUAUACUUCUAAAUAUUUGCCAGAGACUAAUUAUGAUGGGACACUGUGUCACAGCAUCCAGUAUAGAUCAGGAGAGAAGCGGUACAUGCUCGUUGGACCCAGAAUGAGUAUAGGAUCUACUAUAGUCCCGGGUAGCCACGCAAACACAUUAGUUCUACCCGACAGGCGGAGAGCAUCUGAAGAGGUAAGACCUUAACACCCUUUUGUAAAAGCGUUUUCCCUUUCCGUUUUCGGCUUGCUUUACAAUAUCAGUUAUAAUGGUAGCAAGUAGCAUAGUGGUGCAGUGGGUCACGCUAUUACUUCAAAGCAAGAAAGUUUGGGUUUGUCUGGCUGGGUGGAGUUUGUACGCUUCCCGAGCCACUCCGUUCAAUGUGCUAAAUACCAGCUUUUUUCGUGCUGUUUUUUAGAUCACAUUCACUGAUAAAUUAUAAAGUCAUAAUAACAAUAACAAUAACAAUAAUAAUCCUUUGUAGUUUUGCGAACUAUUCGCUGCCCUUGGUGCUGAUUGUUUUUUUUUCCCUUUCUUUUUAUUUCUUUGAGCAUGUGUUGGGAGCCUUUACUGUCUCUCUUGGUAGUUGUUUAUAUGCUACUUUUUGGAAUUAAAGUUAUGUGGGAGAGCCUGUGAUCGCUAUACAUGGUUCCAAAAACUAUCAGGCUAUCAGGUGAAGGAAUGUUAAAGAAACACAAUGAUUGAUUAAUGCCAUUAUUUGUUGGAGCAAGUUAUCAGCAAGUUUUUAUGGGGUAAACCGAGAGAAAGAGGGAAGAGACUAGAACACUGUUAAAAUACUACAUUUCUAUUGGUUGUUCGAGAUCCAGUCAACUUUAAUUCAGUUCUUAGCUUGUAGCUUGUUCUCAGUAGCAGUGUUACUCAUCUAGUCACACUCAGGUUAUACAAUUGCUGCAUGUGUUACCGUUUCCUUGAAAUCACACUGCAGCAAAACAGUCAUCUUUAUGACGUAGUAUAUGUCCCGCUUUGCAUUGUGGUGAUUUUGAAAAUGAAGUGCUUUAAAACAUGAUUACAUUUUCAUUUUUCACUGUAGUUACCUUUGAGACGGUUUUAAUUACCAAUACUAUUACCAAUAUUAUAGCUAAGCUGCAAUAACCAGAAUAGUUUCUUGUGAAUAGGAGAACAGUUUUUGAUAUUACUAUGUUAGAUUUUCUGGUUAAGUUUGUCAACCUCCGCUUUCUGUUGGUGUUACAAUUACAGGUAGCUUUGGUAACGAGAGCAGCUAUGUCAAGAGCAGCUAUCGCUGUCUGUAGUGCUGAACUAUACUGUGGCGCGUUGCCGGUUCCAUUCAAAGUAGGGUGUCAGAUUAAUAUACUGUUAUGUAAAAGCAGAAAAAUUAAAUCUUUCUUCAGUACUAUUAUAAAAUGAAUACAAAAUUCAACUGGUGAAAUUCAGGGGAAAGAAAUACCUCACGUAUCCUUAAGUAAGUGGAUAGAACUCUUUUAUCGCUAUUGUCCUUAGUGACAGAUUUUGCACAUAAAAUACAUACCUGUACUGGUCCUUACUUAAAAUCAUCAGAAAUAAACAUACAGAGUUGUCCUCUUGGUGUCACUAUAACAUAAAUGACCAGAAAAACACAGUCCCUCCCCUAACAAACCUUUUUGUCUGGUGGUUCA